AUGACGUCGGACGUUAAAGCCAAUGUCCAGAAUUUAAUCAUCGCGCAUCGUAGUCCUUGUAUUACAGAGUCCUCUGGGUUGAGGCCACUGAAGAUGGAGUUGACAACGACGAGUAGCCCGCCGAAGAAAACAUCGAAACGAUCAUCUAACGCCUUCCUUUUAGAGCUUCAACAGAAGGCAGCGCGCUCAGAGCGACACCCGCCCGCCGCCGAGGGAAGCGUAUCGGCACCAUCUAUGUUUGGACAGGAUGGCGAUGUAAUGCGCGAAGAUAGCCACGAUCCGAGCGCUUCGCAAAACAGCGACGAUGACCAAGCAGUUUCAUCCGAACACGGCGCAAAUCUGCCAAAUGUAACAAAUCUCUUAGCUGCUUCGCCAUCUACAUUCAUGCCGGCGCCGAAUGGACAGCAAUUUUACCUGGGAACAUCGUCGAACUGGUCUUUCGCCGGCAAAGUCCUUAAGAUAACCCAUGAGGUCGUCCAUCAUGCGCCGUUGCCGCCGAAUGCCUUGCUCUUCGAUGGUUUGGCAUACGAUUUAGGAUGGGAUGGACCUAUGGACCAUACGGACCCAGAACCGCUUGCCAUACCGAGCCCGGAUUACUCUAUAUACCUAGUGAACGCCGUCAAAUUCCAUUGUGGACAAAUGUAUCACCUGUUUGACGAUGAUGAAUUCCACCAGCACCUUCAACAAUUUUACUCAGAGCCCGACAGUCCAACCAGGACAUCGAGCCUGUGGUACAUUCACUUUCUCCUUAUCUUGGCUUUUGGAAAGAUCUUUAUCAUGCAGAAGUGUGCCGGCAAGCGGCCAUCUGGUGCAGAAUUCUUUGUGAGGGCUAUGCAACUCCUACCGCCAGCUUAUGUUUUCCCUCACGACCCCCUUGCCUCUACGGAAAUUCUGUGCUGCAUAGCAUUAUACCUCCAAUGUGUUGACCAUCGGAGCUCUGCGCAUACAUACAUUGGUCAAGCAAUGCGUGUGGCCCUGGCCUACGGAAUGCACACCGACAUGCCGGAAUCACAACUUGGCGAGAAGCACGUACAUAGAUGCCGCAAGAUCUGGUGGACUAUAUUCAUAUUAGACCGCCAUAUGACGUCUAUGAUGGGACUGCCUCAGAAUAUUCGAGACUCGGAAAUCCAAUGCCAACUACCAAUAUUUCCCGAGUCCAGUCAGCGAACGACGACGCUUGACUUGCAUAUCAAGUUAGCUCGUAUCAUAGCUGAGAUAAAUAACAGUAUCUACGGCCUUAAUGGUAGGCUCAAGGGGAAAUUCUUGAUGAGCACAAAGGCAUCGUUAGAAACUCUAGCAGGGUUGGCGACCGAACUUGGACAUACUUUACCCCUGAAAUUAGAUCAGCCUGGCUACGGCGUUUCAAGAAUGUCAGCGUCGCUGCAUCUUCUUUACCAUCAAUGUAUCGUGUUGGCAACUCGCCCUCUAAUGUUCUGUGGCUUGAAAAUGAAGUUUGAGUCUGCAACCUACCGGAAUUCUUCCACCCACGAUCGUUUUGGCACACUCUUGCAGAUGUGUGUAGAGUCUUCCCAAUCAGUUAUCAUCAUAUUGGAGAGUUUACAUGCUCAAGGGCUCCUUGAGACUUUCUUAUCACUUGAUCUCGACUCUUUAUACGCAUCAUCAGUAAUAUUAGCUGUCGCAUCUGUCGUUGAUGAGCACCGUGUGAGGGAUUGUCCUGCAUGGGUACAGCGAUCUCUUGAAUUAUUCGAUUGCAUGAUUUCAGCUGGAAACUUGGUUGCUGGUUGGCGAAAAUCGGAACUGCAACAACUUGACCAGAUGAUGAAUGAAAUUCUACUUACUCGUAGCAACAUCGCUUACACUUCAGGUACAGGCGCAAGUCUAGAACCUCACGGCGGUCAACACUCAGCAGAUCUUUCUGUCAACCAAGGAUCAUUACCCUUACCACUUCCCAUGCACUGUAUUAGCACCGGCGAUGAUCUCUCAGCAGAUCAACUCUUAGCGAUCGCGAGUUCUAUCCAAGACGAGGAUGUGGAAUGGAUGGAUCGUGCAAUAGCAGAGAAUAGCGUCUGGUAG